AUGCGCGUGAGUCGGUCUUUAGGGGCAAGACUCACGGCUUCGAAGCCAGGAUCCUUAGCAUCGCCAGCCACUGUAGACCGCGCUCAUCAACUAGCAGCUCAGUUUCGCCAGAAUAAGCACGAUUCCAAGCGCAGAGAUAUCAUCAACCAAGAGUUAUGUGACCAAGCUAUUGACAUAUUACGACCUACACUCCCUGCCCCUGGCACCUUUGACAUUAUCGAUAUCCAUCCAGGAGCCGCUGUCUGGUCCCAAACUCUGAAUGCAGCCCUGAAGCCACGUCGCCAUGUUCUUGCCGAGCCUGAAAGAGAUGUGUAUGCCACUCAGAUCGAGCCACUCUUGAACCAACCAGACUCAAAUUAUGUUUACGCAGAGGACUUCCACGCGCCUUUCAUCCAAGCUGGGGAAUUGCCCUUUAGUCAACAUGUUCAGGCAAAAAGCCAGGCCGUUGAUGUACGACAAUCUUGGAAUCCACAACUGAUCGUGACUGCAAAUCUGGCCAGGAAACAACUAGGUCCAGGUACCUUUGCAAAGACCAUGAUUGGCCAGUUCUGUCGCAGUCUUACUCUAACCGAGUCCAAAUUUGUUGAUUACUUCAAGUACGGCCUCUACAAGUUGCUUGUGUGGGUACCCAUAAGGGAUCGUGUCAAUAUUGUUCCGAGAAGCACAGCAUUCCGGACGAGGGUCCAGAGGCACCUAGACGCAGCUUUUGAUGUGCGAGAGAUCGUCAGUAGUUUUCCAGGCGAUGGAUAUGACCGCCAGUGGAAUCGUCCUUGGUAUGCUGCCGAGAUCGAGAGGACCCGUGAGGUUCAGGAAAGGCAGCGACAAGCUGGUUUUGAUGUUCCUGUGCACCGGCAACAGCCUGAACCAGAACCCUAUUCAAUCGCCGUCGACCCUGUUCCGGAAAACUUUGGCCUACUCUCACGAUUGCGUCACAAGCCGGAUGUUAUUCAGGAAUAUCUUGAUCUCUGGGAUGAGGUCGAAAAGGCCCAUCCGGAAUGGAUGGGCAAUUACCUUAGACAGCGUGCUGAACUAGAUCUGUUGGAAGAGCUCCAGAUACAGCCCUGGUUGAAACGCCGACUCAAGCGAACUGGUUUUGGAGUGGCAUCGUAUUCUCCUCGACUGGUACCACAUGACGAUAUCAGGUGGAAGUGGAUGUUGAUGCGGAAUCGCAUGAACACGCUGUACAAUCGCUAUAACAGGGUGGAGAACCUAGCACGUGAGCAAAUAGCCUUGGAAAAAGAGCUGCUUAACAUAAGGAAGGCUUACCCAGAAGACAAGGGUCCCUAUGAAGCUCGACUGCAAGAACUCAAGCCUGCGUUCGAGAAAAUAAAAACUCGCCAUAGAGAGAUGUUCAAAGACAACCGAUCAUCCUACGUCAAAGCCAUUGACGACCACCGUGCCAACAUCUACGGAGUCCUCAAUUUCAACCGACAAGAUCAUGAGCCCCUUUUGUGCCACAAGGACUUGGACUUCUAUCCUCACCAACCUCUGAUGCUGCUUGAGCUUAUCCCGAAAGCGUCGUUUGUUGCAAGUAUCAAUACAGCAGAACGGCAGAUUUGCUUUGACUAUAUCAAUCACAUGAUGAAUACUGGCAUCUAUACCACGCUACAAGAUGUCCUUGAGCGGCUAGUGGGAAGCAAGAACAGUGCUGUAUAUCACGACCUCUUAGCCACUGUGCCCAAACUGACUGACCCUUUGUAUGGAGGUUACCACGAUCUGAGCGAUGUGAGAGUGCGUGCGAUUCAUGCAGAUCUUCUUGUCGAGCUGGCGGUAGCUUACGAAGCUUGGCCUCUUCGAAGGGAUAUAGCUCACAUGUUGCGCACCCUAAGGCCCGGUCUCGGAGAUCCGAACAGACGCAGGAGGCACUGA